CCGAAGAAGCUUACAAUUCUUUCUUCUGUCAUUAUCCAUAUUGUUAUGGAUACUGGAAGAAGUACAGUGACAUGGAGAAAAAACAUGGAAAUCUGGAUAAGUCACUGGAGACAAGGUCUUUCGAAAACACCUGGCAACAAAGGUAAAAUUAUAUUUUUUAUUCAAACAAAUACUGUAACCUAUAUUGUAAUUGUAAAACAUAAGAACUGUAGUUAUACAAUUGAAUCAUGUCUUUAGAGAUAAAAAUAUUUUCAGUUGAAAGAAUUUUUUUACAAAUUGCAUCUUGCAACCUUCAAAUUGAAUUUUUAGUUUUUAGAAGUAAUGACAAUGCACGUUCAAAAUCUUAUAGAUAACAGUCACAAACUGUAAUGGCCUCUUUAUCUUGUUUCAAUUAUCUUGUUUCUUUUUAAAACUAAUAUACACAUGUAUUGGACAGGAGUAAACAUUUCCCUUUUCCAUUUCUAACCCUAAUAAUGAAAAUUAUGUUUUAUUUAUUUCUUUUAUUAGUACAAACCUGAUUAUUUUCUAUGGAAAUAAAAAAAAUUAAUCAAGGUUUUGGGGGAGUUUGGGGUUUUAGCACUAUCAAAAAACUGCCCCUGCUUUUGCUAAUUAAUUAAAAGCUCAUUGUGGCUCAAAACUUUUCAAGACUACUGUUUUUCAAAUGUCAUUUUUAUCCCCGUUUUCAUUUUUGUUUGGUAGUUUCUUGUAUGUGUGAUUUGUGCUUUAGGUCAGUUGAUAUAGUCUUUUUAACCUGUAAUCAUUUCUCUUGUGUUAAUGAUUUGUAUUAAUUUGCUUUCCAUAUGUUUGUAAUAAUUGUCUUGGUUACCUUUUUUUCACCAAGGGUUUUGUGUUCAUAGUAUACACUUCAGGAUGAAGAAGACAAAAGUAUUUUCCUUCAAUCAUUUUUGGAAAAACAUUUUGGCUCUAAACUUUUCAUAUUAGAUAUAUUUUAAAUUAUUUAUUAAAAGGCCAAAAUGUAAAUCUAAUUGGAUUGUUUUAAUGCAAUCAGUGACAAUAAAAAAUAUAAAAAUUCCAUGGGUAUUUAAAAACAAAACGUUCAAAACAGCCUAGCCACAUGCUGUAUCCCUGAUUUUGAGUGUUAUUUGUGAACCAUGCCAUACCAGGCUCUUCAGCCUAUAUGGUACUUAGCCCUUAUUUUUUUCAGUUCCUUGAUAAGAUGGGGGUGGUGGGAUUAAGCUCGGAUGAUAGAGAUGCUCGAGUCAUAAGAUCAAACCCCCUUGGUGGACCUAUUCUCUGGUUUUAUUUCUGUUUCAACAAGUGACCCAUGCUGAUGUAUCAAAGGCCAUGUUGCAUACUGUCCUGUCUGGGAAAGUAUAUAAAGGAUUCCUUCCUGCUAAUGUGUCAUGAAAAUGUAGUGGGUGUUCUCCAAGACUGUCUGAAUUACCAAAUGUUACAUCCAAUAGCUGAUGACAAAUUAACAGUACACUCUAGUGGUGUCAUUAAAAAACCCAAAAAAUAACCACUUUUUAUUAUUGAGGGCACAGUCAAAUACAGUACAAAGUUGGUUUCAUUUAGUUCUAAUUUUCUAAUUAUAAUUUUGUAAACUUGCAUGGUUCACAUCGCUUUAUUAAUAUUUGUUUUAAUUUAUCGGGAUUUUUGUUUUAAAUCUUUUUUCAAAUUAAUCUGAAGAAACAAAAACCCACACAAGUAAAACAUUUUUAAACAAUUUAAAAAAAAAAAUAUUUUUAAUUCCUAAAAUAAAGGAAAGUUUGAGGUGCCCAGUGGUGGGAAUGGGGACUGAUUAUAAAUUGAGAUGCAUUUUGCUUUAUGCCAUAUUUUUCUUUGCAGACCAAUAUUCCACUCCAUCUGCCUUCAAGGUAGGGGAGAAACUGGUUACAAAAGUUGAUAAAAUCUUAGGGAAAUAUUGCUUUUGAACCAGGGGAAAGUUGAGGCUGCUGAAGAUGUGGUGAGAAGAACGUGCAACAUCGUAUUACAAUGGAUUGACAUAUGAUUUUUGAAAGAGGUCUUAAAGGAAUUCCUUUAAGUGUUGAUCUGUGGUUACAUUACAUCAAUUUUUAUAUAACUGAGUUCAGUUCAAGUGAAGAUGUGGAAGAUAAGACAAGAAAAUUGUAUGAGCAAGCUAUUGCUGCUGCAGGCACAGACUUCAGGUCAGACAAGUUAUGGGACUCUUACAUUUCCUGGGAAACUGUGAGGAAUAACUAUAAAGCAGUCACCAAGUUGUAUGACCGGCUUCUGUGUAUACCAACACAGUUGUAUAGUCACCAUUUUGACAACUUCAAAAAACAUGUUGAGGAUCACCACCCUAAAGAAAUCUUGUCACUGGAUGAGUUUUUAAAAUUGAGACAAGAGGUUGUGAAAGAUGCUCAAGACGGUGAUGAGCUGGCAACGGAGGGACCACCUGGAACUGAUUCACCCCCAGGUGUUGAUGCUCCCCCUGGUCUCGGCUACGAUGGUGGCAUGAGUGAUGACGUAGAAUCAAGAAAGCUGCGUGUUAAAAUAAUAGAUAUCAGAGAAGCUAUGUUUAAAAGAAAUGAAAAUGAAGUCAGCAGAAGAUGGGCAUUUGAAGAAGCAGUUAGAAGACCAUACUUUCACGUAAAACCAUUGGAAAGAGCUCAGCUUAAGAAUUGGCGAGAGUACCUAGAUUUUGAAAUAGAACAUGGAUCACACGAGAGAGUUGUGGUACUGUUUGAAAGAUGUAUGAUUGCAUGUGCACUCUAUGAAGAUUUCUGGAUGAAGUAUGCAAAGUAUUUGGAGCAGCACAGUAUAGAAGGUGUUCAGAAUGUCUACCGACGAGCUUGUGAGAUUCACUUACCAAAGAAACCGUACAUACACAUGGCAUGGGCAGCUUUUGAAGAAAGACAACAAAAUUACCAAGCUACUCGUCAAGUACUGAUCAACAUAGAUAAGAAUGUCCCCGGACUUGUGAUGGUGGCAAUGCGAAGGAUCAGUCUAGAGCGGCGCCAAGGCAACGACACUGAUGUUGAAAAACUCUUCCAAGAUUAUAUUAACCAGUCUACAUCUCCAUCAGUCAAAUCAUUUUAUUCCAUCAAAUUCGCUAGAUAUCUUCUAAAGAUUAAAGGUAACUCUCAAAAAGCAAGAUGUAUUCUGACAGAAGCACUUGAAAGAGACAAGAGAAAUGAAAAACUGUUUCUACAGUUAAUAGAUCUUGAGUAUCAGACUCAGCCUGUAGAUGUUGACCGAACACUGGAAGUAUUUGAUCGAGUCAUCCAGAAUGAUGUUCAGCUGGAUUUUAAGGUCAAAGUUUCACAGCGGAGAAUGGAAUUUUUGGAAGACUUUGGUACAGAUAUCAAAAGAAUCACUGAAGCAUACGACGAACAUCAAAAACUAGUCAAAGAUUUAAAUACAGAUCGCAAGAAGAAGCAUCCCGACCAGUUAGAUGAUUCUUCACAGCCUCCAGAUAAGAAGCAGAAGACUGAAACAAUUAAUGGAAGUGGAGACUCGACAUCACACUUAAGCUCUACAUCCACACCAGACACAAACCAUGCAUACAACUAUUAUUACCCUCCUAACCCAAGCAGCAGCUAUCCCUAUCAUUCAAAUUACGCUAACUAUGGAUCACAGUAUGGGUCGUAUUACCCAUCUUAUUAACAGUCUUGUGGACUAGCUUCUUCAAGUGAAUUCUAGUUCAAAUUACGCUAACUAUGGAUCACAGUAUGGGUCGUAUUACCCAUCUUAUUAACAGUCUUGUGGACUAGCUUCUUCAAGUGAAUUCUAGUUCAAAUUACGCUAACUAUGGAUCACAGUAUGGGUCGUAUUACCCAUCUUAUUAACAGUCUUGUGGACUAGCUUCUUCAAGUGAAUUCUAGUUCAAAUUACGCUAACUAUGGAUCACAGUAUGGGUCGUAUUACCCAUCUUAUUAACAGUCUUGUGGACUAGCUUCUUCAAGUGAAUUCUAGUUCAAAUUACGCUAACUAUGGAUCACAGUAUGGGUCGUAUUACCCAUCUUAUUAACAGUCUUGUGGACUAGCUUCUUCAAAUGAAUUCUAGUUCAAAUUACGCUAACUAUGGAUCACAGUAUGGGUCGUAUUACCCAUCUUAUUAACAGUCUUGUGGACUAGCUUCUUCAAGUGAAUUCUAGUUCAAAUUACGCUAACUAUGGAUCACAGUAUGGGUCGUAUUACCCAUCUUAUUAACAGUCUUGUGGACUAGCUUCUUCAAGUGAAUUCUAGUUCAAAUUACGCUAACUAUGGAUCACAGUAUGGGUCGUAUUACCCAUCUUAUUAACAGUCUUGUGGACUAGCUUCUUCAAGUGAAUUCUAGUUCAAAUUACGCUAACUAUGGAUCACAGUAUGGGUCGUAUUACCCAUCUUAUUAACAGUCUUGUGGACUAGCUUCUUCAAGUGAAUUCUAGUUCAAAUUACGCUAACUAUGGAUCACAGUAUGGGUCGUAUUACCCAUCUUAUUAACAGUCUUGUGGACUAGCUUCUUCAAGUGAAUUCUAGUUCAAUUUCAAUAUCCUCAAAAUGAGAUUUUUGUAAAGAUAAAAUUGUGAACAACCUUGUUUACACCAAAAACAUGUGUUUACAAAAUGUUCAUGUCACGUUGUUGAUGAGACUUGCAUAUGUUGUUAAUGUUAUUGCAGACAGUGUGAAUGAUUGACCUACAACACAAUGUGGAUUCAAUCUGUGAUCCAGUGUGGAUGAGAUCACCUUGUUGAGGAUGUCAUUUUGAGUUUUCGUUUAAAAAAUGGAUAAUUAUAUAUAUUUUGAACAGAAUCUGUUAAAAAUAUUUGAGUAUUUUCUUCUGUUAAUCAUCAUGAUUGUUUGAAAUAUUUGUUUAAAAUUAACUGUCAUGACAUUGUUUUUCAAUAGGCAUUAUUAAUAACAUUGGGGAAACAUUUUAGAUAUGUUUCUGUUUGUUUUUUAAUUAUUAUUUUUAUUAUUACAGUUACCCCGGUAGUGUAUACAUGUUCAUGGAGCUAUUUAACUGAGUACCAGGAGAUGUGUAGCUGUCAAAAUUUAAGAUAUACAUGCAGGGCUCGAACUUAAGAAUUUGUCUGCCACAGCAAUUUUAAUAAAGAAUUGCCAUGGGUGAAACGGCCCAUGAUGGCAAUUUUGAGACUGCCUCUGUGAUUGUUUUUCUAAAAAGUGACAUUUUCAGCAAAUACACAUGACUGAAAGGUUAUUUUGCUGUAUGUAAAUACAUUUCAAAUGUACAAAUGUUAAAUACUGGCAGAUAAUGUACACCAGAUGUACACAUUUUAUCAGUUUUCCGACAGCACAAAAGUGUCGUUGGUGAUGAUUUCUACCUACAGCAGUUUAUAUCUUAAUGAUGGCAAUUGCUGUCGUUAAGUUCAAGCCCUGUACAUGUGUAUGAUACAAGGUUCCUGGGGAGGGGGGAUGACCUGGCAACAAGCCUUGGUGCAUAUAUUGAAGUUAUUUCCACUUGCAUGACAAAUUUAAUUACUCACUGCUGGGAUGUGACUGAUAUGUAGCAUCUUACACCACUACCCGUGUAUUUUUAAUGAUACGCACAUACAUAUGACCAGAAUUAAUGGUUCUAAUUUUUGUAUAAAAUAACUGCACAACAGAAGAAAAAAAAAGGUACUUUCUCUUGGUACAAAGGAAUUGGUAGAUAAUUACUUUCCCAAAUAAUUGUAAUGAAUAGGUUCUUUGUGCUGACAUUGCUGUCAUUUUGGUACAUGUUAAUAGAAUAUGGUAUACACUUGUAUUAGAAUAAAAAUUAUUUCGAGUAGUAGUUAA